AUGUCCAGAAGAUACGAUAGUAGAACGACGAUCUUCUCUCCUGAGGGUCGUCUUUAUCAAGUUGAGUAUGCCCUUGAGGCCAUUUCACAUGCUGGAACUGCAAUUGGAGUUUUGGCCAACGACGGUGUUGUUUUAGCAGCUGAGAAGAAGGUCACCAGUAAACUGCUUGAACAGGACUCUUCUGCUGAGAAAAUGUAUAUUUUGAAUGAUAAUAUGAUCUGUGCAGUAGCAGGUAUGACAGCAGAUGCUGGAAUUCUGAUCAACAAUGUCAGAAUAACAGCACAAGGUUAUCUAAAGACAUACAAUGAGAACAUCCCUUGUGAAAUGUUGGUGCGUCAUCUGUGUGACAUCAAGCAAGGUUACACGCAACAUGGUGGUCUGAGACCAUUCGGUGUGUCAUUCAUCUACGCAGGGUACGAUGAAAGAUAUGGAUUCCAACUGUAUACAUCCAAUCCAUCAGGUAAUUACUCUGGUUGGAAGGCCACCAGUGUGGGAGCCAACAACUCUAGUGCCCAAACUCUUCUGAAGCAAGACUACAAGAAUGAUAUAAACCUUGAGGAGGCAAAGAAUCUCGCACUUAAGGUGUUGAGUAAAACGAUGGACAGUUCGUCGCUGACUAGUGAAAAGAUUGAGUUUGCUACCAUUACUAAAAACUCCAACGGAAACAUUGUGCACCGUAUAUGGAAACCAGAACAGAUUGACCAGUUACUACAUGAUUCUGGUCUAGUUGAAAAGGAUGAAGACGAUGAAGAGAAUUAA